AUGCCCGUCCCCGAUGGCGCUUCCUCAAUCAAUGUUGCGGUUCGAGUUCGACCCUUCACUAUUCGAGAAGCAGCGCAGAUCUCCAAAUCCGAUGACGGGCCACUCUUUCUCGGCGAUGGGUCACUAGCCGGUGCACCAACCCCGAAGCUCAACCAGAAAGGAAUUCGCUCCAUUGUCAAGGUGAUUGACGACCGAUGCCUGGUAUUCGAUCCUCCCGAGGACAACCCUGUCCAGAAGUUCUCCAGGAGCGUCGUUCCCAACGGCAAGCGAGUAAAGGACCAGACAUUUGCUUUCGAUCGCGUUUUCGACCAAAAUGCCUCUCAGGGAGAGGUAUACGAAUCCACAACUCGCUCCCUUCUCGACAAUGUCCUCGAUGGCUACAAUGCCACUGUCUUCGCCUAUGGUGCAACUGGUUGCGGAAAGACACACACAAUCACCGGCACGGCACAGCAACCCGGUAUCAUUUUCAUGACCAUGCAAGAACUAUUUGAGCGAAUCGACGAGCGGUCUAGCGAGAAGAGCACCGAAAUUUCACUCUCAUACCUCGAAAUCUACAACGAGACAAUCCGUGACUUGCUUGUUCCCAGCUCCAACAAGGCUGGUCUCAUGCUUCGCGAAGACGUGAACCAGGCAGUUUCGGUGGCUGGACUCUCUAGCCACCACCCUCAGAACGUACAAGAAGUCAUGGAUAUGAUUGUGCGCGGCAACGAAUGCCGUACGAUGUCCCCCACAGAAGCGAAUGCCACCUCCUCCCGAUCCCACGCGGUUCUCCAGGUCAACGUUGCUCAAAAGGAUAGAAAUGCGGAUGUGAAUGAGCCCACCACCAUGGCUACUCUCAGUAUCAUUGAUCUUGCGGGUAGUGAACGUGCAAGUGCGACUCAAAACAGAGGCGCGCGGUUAUUCGAAGGUGCCAACAUCAACAAAUCUCUCCUUGCCCUGGGAAGCUGUAUCAACGCCCUUUGUGAUCCCCGAAAACGCAACCACAUCCCUUAUCGCAAUUCCAAACUCACUCGACUUCUCAAGUUUGCUCUUGGCGGGAACUGCAAGACUGUGAUGAUUGUUUGCGUGAGUCCAUCAAGCCAGCACUUUGAUGAGACACAGAACACGCUGCGAUAUGCAAACCGAGCCAAGAACAUCCAGACCAAGGUGACUCGGAAUGUUUUCAAUGUCAACCGACACGUCAAGGACUUCUUGGUCAAAAUUGACGAACAAAUGAAGAUGAUCAAUGAGCUGAAGGCACAGCAGAAGGAUGCAGAGCAGCUCGCCUUCGCCAAGUUCAAGAAACAGACUGAGAAGAAGGAUGCUGUUGUGCGAGAAGCUGUCGCUCGUAUUCGAAAUGCUUAUGAGCACACUCUUCCGGAACGGCAAGAGAAGACUAGCAAUAUGCUCAAGUUGAGACAAAUCAGCCGCCGUAUAGGGAUCUUGUCGUCUUGGAUCGCCGCUUUCGAUAAUGUGUGCGCUUCUCGCGAUGUUGGGGAGGAUCUAGCCAACCUAUGGAAGAUCAGAAAGACCGCGCAAGGCAUCUUGCUCGAGCUUGAAGACAGUCGACACCAUUAUCAUCAGCGAUUGUCGAAAAGCACAUGGGACAGAGCCAUGAAUUCAGCAGUUGAAAACGCAACCAAACAAUUACAGGAGUUCGACAUUAGUGACAACAGCGACUUUGCCAACCUGGACCGUGAGGCUGAGGUGUUACGAUCAAACGCAGAGCGCGAGGCCUUAUCCGCGGUUGUGGAACAGGACAAGGCUGGUGAAGCAGUUGCUGUGCAGGUUCUCUUGCAAGCCCAGUUUGAGUUGAUGGCAUCCAUCGAGGAUAUCAUGGACCUCAACGCAUCUGAAGCCAUCAGGAAGGGUCGCGCUAUACUCACUAAGAUGCUGGAUAGCUGCGAGACAACAGUAUCCAGCCUUGUCAAACCAGAUGGCAGUCUGCCUGCACUCCAGAUACCACCCAGUCCUGUCAAACCGCCAAGCUCCCCGAAGCCCAAGAAGAGAUUCAGCAUGACCAGCAUGCCGCCCCCCCAGAACAUCUCUCGCCCCGGCUAUACAACUUGCCCCAGCAGCACCACCCUCUCCUACGUCAGCUUCUCGCCAAAGAAAACACAGACGAAGACUACCAAGAGAUCAGUUCGUUGGAAGGAUGAUGAAGAAGAUGGUGCCCUAACGGAAUGGCAGAAAACCCCUCAGAAGGCUGGCGAUUCUGCAGAUGAAGUGACUGGUUUGGGCGAGCCGACACUACCGCGUGGGGCAUCACCAAUACCAAGAAACAUCCCACGGGUAUCUACUUCCUCGGGCUCGAUUUCUCCACCCCCUGCACCCUCCGAGCAGUCCCUGAAUAUCCCGAAGAAUAACGGCCGCUUCAAGGCAGGGUUCUUGUCAAAGCAAGCAGGCAGCUCUCCUUUGGCACCGCCGCCCACGACAAGUCUACCUCUGUCUUCAGACAACGAGAACUCUCCACUUCGAGACAUUGAAGGGAGCAGCUUCCUAAACCGAGCCUCCGUGGAUCGACCAUCACGAAUUGCCGUCCGCAGCCCGAGUGCAACUUUUUCAAGCAGCCCGGCAUCCGAGAACAAGGACUGGAAAUCUGAUAAGGACGAUGCUCUCCAGAUCAACUCGGCCAUGCAUCGUAUCUCCACUUCACACUUUGGUCCUUCAUCCUCCAAUUCUCUACGAGUCCAUCGCCGCCGCAGCCCCACCUCCAAUACAUAUGGCAGUUCCCCUAGUGAUGGCAACAUGUUCACCGCAUCGCAAGCACGCCGCAUGGUCAAGAGCGAGAAGGAACUCGAAGGCAAGCACCGCGUACUGAGCCCUCACACUUUGCCUGUGAUGAAGAACACCGGUCGGCGUACCACCUUGGGAGGUGAAAUUCGACCUCGACACGCAAGCAUCUCAGGCCGAGACGCUCUUCGUCUCAGCGCAAUUGCUGCACCACCAAUUGACCGAAACCAGGACUUCUCCUCUGGCGGCCUGCGGUAG